CCCCCCGUUUCCGCUCCUCCACACGACGAGGCCGCGAGAUCCCACCAAACCAAAAAUCCCGCUCCCAAUCCAUCCAGCCGAUCGCCGGUGCCUAUCUAAUAUCUAUCCGCCGGCUGCCACCGAGCGGAUCGAGCAAGCAACCGCCCAACCGGGAGGCCCAUCCCGGCGUUCCGUCGCUCGGAUCUCUCGUAGUACUUCGCCGGCGAUGGAGGGGCGGCCAGGUGGCGCGUGGCGGAUGCAGGGGCCCGCCGGGGCGCCCGUCGCGGGGCUGCCCAUCGGCUUCCGCUUCCGCCCCACCGACGAGGAGCUGCUGCUGCACUACCUCCGCCGCAAGGCGCUCGCCUGCCCGCUCCCCGCCGGCAUCAUCCCCGACGCCAACCUCGCGCGCCUCCACCCGUGGGACCUCCUGCCGCCAGCAGGCGGCGACGCUGACGGGGAGCGCUUUUUCUUCCACCGCCCGGCGACGCGGUGCUGGCGGAAGGGCGGCGGCGCGGCCAGGGCGGCCGGCACCGGCGUAUGGAGGCCGUCCGGGAAGGAGAAGCUCGUCGCCUCGCCGCGUUGCAAGCGCCCUGUCGGCACCAAGCGGACGCUCGUCUUCUGCCGCGGACGCGGCCGCGGCGCCGUGCGCACAGACUGGGCCAUGCACGAGUACCGCCUCCUCCCCGCCGGCAUCCACCCCUUCCACGGCUGCGCCGCCGCCGGCAACCCGACCGCGGCCCAUGUGAGCUGCCUUGGCGCGGCGGCCGACUGGGUGGUCUGCCGCAUAUUCAAGAGGACCAAGCCGGCGGCGCACCGCGGCCGGGAAGACGACGAUGCGGAGGAGAGGCCUUCGUCGCCUUCGUCUGCGUCGUCUUGCGUCACCGACACAGCCGAGACCGGCGACCAGGAGCAUGACGACGACGAAGGGAGCAGCAGCAGCAAUGGCGGCAGCAGUUGCAGCGUCGCCUCUAAUUGAGAGGAGUAGAGUUGACUAGGCCGUUAAUCACGGGCGCCACAUGUUCUAAAGAACGCGCCCUCCUUGCCCUUCUGAUGUCGUAGGAAUCCUAAGCACCUAGCGAGCAAUAGAGAGAGAAGAAGAAGAUCGAGCUCAAACAAGAAAGAAAAAAAGAAAAAGCGAAUCGCUUUGCUAUGUUUGAGCUCGUCGCGAAUCCAGAGUUUUAAUUAGCGAGAAAUUAAUCAGUUCCCUUUUGGCAACUAAUCAUCAUUUGCUGUGUCAA